UCCACGUGAAAUUUGUUCCCAAUGCAAGAAUGAUGAUGGUGUCCAUACACGGGUUAACGUCAGACUAGACCCGAGUUAAAGUACUGAGCUACAUUGUUGCACAUGCGUCUAUCCGUGUACAAGCUCUGAAAAGCAGCCCUAAACUUCACUUUGGGGCAGCUGAAAUACUUUUAUAAGAUUGUUUGCAACUUUAAGGACAUUUAAGCAGAUACAUCUAGGACAAACGGACAAAGAAAAGUUUUAGUUCCCAUGCCCUGCUCUGUCAGAAGGUCCCUUACAGAUGCACAAGACAGAUGUAAUAUAUACAGUUAUUCUGCUUCAUUAUGAGUAAUGACAACUUUCAAACACCAGUGACCUAUGGCGCUCGUAGAGGGAAGAGAACAACAAAUAAGAAUGAAGGGGAAACCCACAGCAAUGCUUCUCCCAGAAUGACCAACAGCCAGUCCAUUUGUCCCGGGCUGGACAUUUCAACAGCGCCCCAGCUGACACACUCAGAUGACACGGAUGCCCACUCCAGUGGGAAUGACUCGGCUGAGAGGGAGAGCGAAGGACACAUGGGACGAGAAACAUCCACUUGCAGCUCUCACAACGGAAAGGGUUCAACCACAGAGACUACGGAAAGCAAGAGCUCAAACGGAAACAGUCCCUCCCCUCCUAGCAGCUCGGUUUCGUACAGUCUUUUGAGUGGCAGCUCGGAGCAGGAUCAGCCGACCCGGCUGGAGAACCAGAGAGAGCUGCUGAAAGCCCUGCGUGAGCUAAAGACCCGUGUGCCAGCAGAAUGGCACAGGAAGGGCCGAUCAAGCACCCUAGCCUCCUUGCAGUAUGCACUUAACUGUGUCAAACAAGUCCGGGCUAAUCAAGAGUACUACCAUCAGUGGAGUGUGGAAGAGAGUCAUGGGUGUUGUUUGGACCUGUCGUCGUUUACUAUUGAAGAGUUAGACAACGUUACAUCAGAGUACACCCUUCAAAACACGGACACGUUUUCUGUGGCAGUGUCGUUCCUCUCUGGUAAAGUGGUGUACAUCUCAUCCCAGGCGGCCUCUCUGCUGCGCUGUAAACCCGAGAGGCUGCAGGGAGCAGUUUUUUCAGAGCUGCUCGCACCUCAGGACGUCAGCACGUUUUACAGCAGCACCGCUCCCUGUCAUCUGCCGCCGUGGUCCUCCUGCGCAGGCACUACCUCACAGGCGGACUGUACCGAGGAAAAGUCGAUGUUUUGUCGGAUCAGCAGAGGUAGGGACAGCGAUGGAGAAGUGAAGUAUUACCCCUUCCGUCUCACGCCAUAUCAGCUGACCCUGAGGGACUCCGACACGUCCCAACCUGAGCCCUGCUGCCUUCUUAUCGCUGAGAGAGUUCACUCCGGCUACGAGGCACCUCGUAUCCCAGCAGACAAGAGAAUUUUUACCACCAGCCACACCCCAAACUGUCUGUUCCAAGAGAUUGAUGAAAGGGCAGUGCCAUUAUUAGGUUACUUGCCUCAGGACUUGGUUGGGAAGCCGGUGCUUAUUUACCUGCAUCCAGAAGACAGACUCCUUAUGGUGGCCAUCCACAAAAAAAUUCUCCAGUUUGCAGGGCAGCCGUUUGACCACUCGCCCCUGCGCAUGCGUGCACAAAGUGGGGAGUAUUUGACCCUUGACACCAGCUGGUCAUCCUUUAUCAACCCCUGGAGCAGGAAGGUGGCUUUCAUAGUGGGACGCCACAAAGUUCGAAGGAGUCCACUGAAUGAGGACGUGUUCACUGCCCUGGAGGACGGGGAGGUGAGAACCAUGUCCCCAGAUGUGCCACAGCUGAAUGAGCGGAUCCACAGGGUCCUGGUGCAGCCCGUUCAUGCCGGCAGCUCACAAGGGUAUGGCAGCCUGGGCAGCAGUGGCUCGCACGAGCACCAGCAAAGUGCCAAUUCCUCCUCUGAGAGUAACGGACAUGCUUCCGAGGACCAGAUCAAGCCCAGGAAACCAAUGACGUUUGAGCAGAUAUGUCAAGACAUGCACAUGGUAAAGGCCAACGGACAGCAGGUCUUCAUUGACUCCCGAAACCGGCCGCCAGCUCUUAAACAGAGUAGCUUAGAAGCACUGGCAAAUACAGCAGAUACGGCAGAGGCCUCUGCUAGAGAAGGUCUGGCAAGUUUAGCGCUGUCCAGUCCACCAAGGAAGGAGCUGCCCUUCGUCUACUCAUACCAGCAGAUCAACUGUUUGGACAACAUCAUAAGAUAUCUGGAGAGCUUUAAUGUCCCUGGCACAGUGAAGAGGAAGUGUGGUUCAUCUUCUUGUACCACGUCUUCUACCUCUGAUGAUGAUAAACAAAGGGAAGGAGCUGGAGCAACUGAAGACAUAGCAGAGACUCUUGUGGUGACCGAGGGUUCGAAGGUUGUCCCUGCAGCACCAGCGCACCCCCUAACCCCCCUGGCUCUGCACUGCAAGGCUGAAAGUGUUGUCUCGGCCACUUCCCUGUGUAGUUUUAGCAGCACCAUUGUUCACGUUGGUGACAAGAAGCCACCUGAAUCAGACAUUGUUAUGAUGGAGGAGCCGCCAACCACCCCAACACCUUCCACGUCAGCCCCACCCACCUCUGUCACCUCUCCCUUGUCCAUGAACCCCCAGCAGGCCGUGUCCCCCACUGCUGUUCCUGAAAAAGAGAAGGAGAAGGAGAGAAGAGGUGGAGGUAAUACAGGGAAGGGCCUCACAAAGGCAGUGUUAUCUGCCCAUACCCAGCAAGAAGAGCAAGCUUUCCUCAGUCGUUUCAGAGACAUCAGCCAUCUGCAGAUGGUCCAACCCAGCGGGCCUCCACAGCACAGACACAUGUCUACACCUGGGGCAAAAGGAGUGAACAGCUCCCAGAACUAUCCUUCUGUGGGCAACAGCAGCAGUCGUCGGCGUGGUAGAGGUGGGAAAAGACUGAAACACCAAGUAGAGGGCAACACACCAGACAGUCCCUCCCCCUCUGGAUCUAGCUCCUAUAGAGGAUCCAAUCCUGCAGCAAUAAGACCCAACCUCCCCUCAGUCCAGCAAUCUUCCACUUCUUGGCCAGCAUCCGCGACAUCCCAGACUAGCGGUACUCCCAUGAUGACCUCCUUUCCCCCAGGCUACAUGCCUAUGUUCCCCAUUUCAUCACCUUUCUCAAUGCCCCAAAUGGAAACAGAUCCUUCCUUGCAAGAGGGAGUCCCUAGAUUCCCCAUGCAAGGAUUUCCUCCAAUGAUGCCACCAGUCAUGACCUUUAUGUUGCCCAACUAUAUGUUUCCACAACUCUGUAAUCCAGGGCCACAGUUGAACCCAGCCAACUCGCAGCUUGUUGGGCAACUGCCUGCCCAAAUGAACCCCUUGGGCCAGUUCCCUUCCUCUAUUGUUGGUUUACCGUCGUUCAAUCCUGCAAUGGGACAGUUCAAUCCAUUGGGCUCCCAAAUGAAUCCUGCCAUGCCUACAAUGAUUCCCCAGCAAUUCUACAAUCCAAAUCCCUUGUUCACUUUCCCCAACUCUCCAUCAGCGCCAGCAGUAAAUACCAAUACUGUGCCACAUGGGCAGUCUCGCUCCAGCACACCCCAGUCCACUGGGCAACAGGCUGGCGAGAGGGAAGGGUCUGGAUCUCCUCUGUUUCAAUCCCGAUGCUCCUCCCCACUCAAUCUUUUACAGCUUGAAGAAUUGCAAAGCAACAGAACGGACACUAUGCAACAGACUCCACCCCCAGGGGGUGGAGGAACACAAGGGGGCGGGACCGUGGUGCAAAAUACCAGCAAUCGCAGCAACACCAAAGAUGGCAAACUCAAUGACAGUUCUGAAGUCAAUGAGUCCAACCAGGAUGCCAUGUCAACCUCCAGUGACAUGCUGGACCUACUGCUGCAAGAGGAUUCCCGCUCGGGCACUGGCUCCGCUGCCUCAGGCUCUGGGUCAUCAGGGUCAGGGUCAUUCGGAUCUGGAUCGAAUGGGUGUAGCACAUCUGGAAGUGGCACUAGGAGCAGUAAUACUAGCAAGUACUUUGGAAGCAUUGACUCAUCAGAGAAUGAUCACAAUCAUAAACCAACAUCUAAAGAUAUUGGCGGGGAACAGUUCAUAAAGUUUGUCCUACAGGACCCCAUAUGGCUCCUCAUGGCGAACACAGAUGACAAAGUCAUGAUGACAUACCAGAUUCCCGUCAAAGACAGAGAAUCAGUAUUGAAAGAAGAUAGAGAUGCCCUAAAAGCUGUUCAGAAGCAUCAGCCUCAUUUUACUGAGGAGCAGAAGCAAGAGUUAACUCAGGUCCACCCUUGGUUUCAAACCGGCUGCCUACCAAAGGCCAUCAAUGUAACGUCUUGCACAGGAUGUGACUCUCCCACAGAUUCCUCGUUUCUUGCUCCAUUCGAUUUGGACUUUCAUGAGAUGGAUCUCAGCAUGGUUUUGAGAGAAGAGGCCAAACAACAAGAUAAACUUAUCACUGCUGAAACAGCCUUUCCAUUAAGCCCACCUUCAUCUGAUAAUGAACAGAGAGACAAUCAGACCAGCACAAGCACUUAGAAGUGGGCCAUGGAGGAGGUGGAAGUGACAUCGUCAGCGAAGGUGAAGCGGGACUGCAGACUGCUGGACAGUGAUUGGGUGUGUUCCUGCCUCAUAAACUUUUGGGACCCAGUUCAAUUUAAACAAAGUUAUAAGGGUAGAAGGUUUAUAAUCAGAAUGUAUGGCUAAUUUUUACAAAAUUCUUUAAAACUAUGAAUAAUUUGUAACUUUAUAACCAGGCCUCUGAAUAAUAAAAGGAAGAAGGACAAAAAUUUUAGUAGCUUAUAGGAGCACAUUUUGAAUGUCAACCUAUUGCACAUGGUAGAUGUUGUUGUUGUUGCACUAUGUUCUGCUUCCAGGUUAUUUAUGAGUCUGCAUGGUAUUAUCUAUCCUAUAACAUGCACUGUUUUAUCAUUAUUCAUAACACUGUGUGACCUUUUCCUAUUACAGGUUUAUAGAAUUACGGACAACUGGACGAGGAAUUUGUUUUAAUUUCACAAAGUUUGAAGUUAGAUGUGGUCUUUUUUUAACUUAUACUGUUGCAGUUUGGGUUUCCAACCUGUGUCAGUUCUUGACCCUUUUCCCACGGUUCCCAGAAAUUGUGGAUGGGGAAAAUAGGUUCCAAUCUGACCCUAAAAGCUUGCUGGUCUGUAACCAGGAACCCUGCAUUAGGGAAAUGUUGAGCAAUGUAAUAAUGUUGGUUUUCAGUUGGUUAAUUUGCAUUUUAUUUCUCCUGGCCAAGAACUGGGUCUGCCACCAGAAUGCAAAGUAUUUUGGUGGAAAAGAAGCAUGAUAGACCAGAAAUAUUUUCUAGAAAAAUUGCAGAAACAUUGCAAGUCAUUUUCCGACUUGUUUUUUUUUUUGUUUUUUUUUUUGCGUUACUGUGAAAGUAACUAAUCUCAGUAUUCAAGGGGGUGAGUUGCCUUCAAAUGUUUGUUUUAUGAUGUGGUUUUGAAUUGCUGCCUUAGACAUUCAAAAUGCAAUGAUGGUCAUGUUGCACUUAUGUUGUUUCGGUCAGUGGUGUCAGCAUCACAAACCCCAUUCUUUUCUAGUAGCCUUAAAAGAUUUAUUUAUUUGUCCAUAUCAGAGUAACAGGAUAUGGUUAAAAAAGAAAAUGUAAAAUAUGUAUUUUUGAUUAUUCAAAACAACACACAUUUCAAGAAGCUUUUGAAGUCCAUUAAAUGGAAUAAUUUUAUUAAUUGUCUGGCAGAGAAUUUUGCUCUGUUGUAAUAGUUCAUUUGCCCUUAUUUUCAAGAGCGAUACAAUUAUAUUUUAAAGCCUCUCAGAUGAGCUAGUGUCUUGUUUAGUUCCACAACAAAUGCAGAAGUGCAUUAUUUAUAAACCUAAUUUAUGGUUAAAAAAAAACAUGACAACUACUUCCCUUUUUUCCUGUUACCCUUAGAUUUAUUUGCGAGGGUUUUUCAAAAGCUUUUCUGUGAAAGCAGACUGGCCCAAUCAGUUUACAUGCAGUACUGUUCUGUUUAAAGCUUCUGUUGAAUGUGCAGGAAUUGGAAAUUAAUUUUGUACAAUUGUUGGGUCUUGAGUCAAUAUUUUUUUUUACUUAAACAUGCUUGUAAUUUUAAUUUUAUUUUAUUUUUUGCUUUGAACAUAAAUAAAUAAAUGUGUUUUUAAUAAUCUG